AUGCCACGCACUACCUUCAGCAACCUCCCAAAGUGGCUAAUAUCUCAAUACAAUCCUACACGUUCAGUUACUUCCCUUUCUCCUGAAAUACCUCCUUUACCUUCAGUAAACCUCGAUAUCACUCUGGCCGGCCUCUUUCGUGAACACGGCAUUGCCGACCCAAUCGUCAUAGACAUAUACAAUGGCUACACCCACUUCGAUGUCCACCCUCAAAUCCUUCGUGAAACUAUCUAUACGCAGGAUGAAGAUGUCGGUUUGCCUGAUAACAGCAUUGAGGCACUGGAACGAUUCCGAAAUUUGGCUCUUACCUAUAAAACGGUCAAAUUCUUGUUAGCUUUGGGGCCAGUUGAUGUGUUUCUGUACUCUCCAGUCAAUGCUCCGGCCCAGAUUGAGCGAAUUUUGUCACCACUCCCAGUGCAUCAACGACCACAAGUGCAUUAUAUUGAUUUGAACCAGCAAGACAUACAAGAGCAAUUAGAACAAGUCACCCAUGGGAAAAAGCUAUGGUACUAUCGACCGAAGUCGUAUAUGUUGCAACAAGACACUCUUGUCAGUCCUGAUUUUGCGUACACGAUCAACGACAAACGCUUCCUUCUACACCCAAGCAUCCCGACGCCAGACCUAGAGAUGGUCAGCUUGCAAAGUGAGGACCUAAGCACCUCUGUCUUUACCACUCGGCCUUUGCCGUUUGUAGUGAAGCUUCGACGUUGCAGCGGGAGCCAAGGGACGUGGGUUGUCACUAGCGAAGACGAGAGAGAGAUCAUGCUCGCUGCCAUGAAACAGUACAGAUCUCGUGGGGUGCCCGAAGUCCAGAUAUCAGAGUUCAUACAUUCCACGCAACCUCAUUAUUCUGUGAACUUUUUUAUUGGUGCGCCUGGUCCAUCUAAUGAAAGUGCAGUUGUCACUUUCCUCGGCGCCACCGAGCAGGUCUUUUCCAUAACCGGACGCUGGGCUGGUGGAAUAAUUGAUUAUCAGUCGCAGGAAAGUAUCAAAGAGAGGCUGAUGGGUACGAUAAAUGCAGUGGCAAGCACCAUGAUAGGGUCUUAUGUAGGCUGGGUGGGAAUUGAUGUCAUAAUCCAUGAGCGCAAUAAUCGGACAGUGGUGGUUGAUCUGAAUGCGCGAUUAACAGGUGGCUUCGUUUUAUGUUUGCUUUCAGGUCAUUUCAUGGAGGAAAGGGGCUUACCAUUUGCCCAGGCCAAGGGCUUUCACUAUGAGGGUCAACCGGCAGAUGUUUAUACUCGUCUGGCCACGUUUAUUAGGACGGGACAAGUUACCGUGGCUGCGGUUACGGAGACUCUUCCCAAUAACUGUACAACCCAACUGAUAUUCGGUGGGCGGAACCGAGAAGAGCUUGCUGAUAUGAAAGGUAUCAUUCAAGAGACAUUGAACCGCCGUCCGGAUAUUUCUUAG